AUGAAGGCAGCGCCGAAGCUGUCCUCGCACGACUUCUCGUCGAUCGCCGGCCUGGUGUCGCAUGACCAGACCUCUGAGCGGCGCAUCGGCCGAGUGAUGACGCCAGCCAAGCGGCUGAAAAUCAUGCUGGGACGCGCGAGCGCCUCCUGCGAUGACGAGUCCAGAGGAACACGAUGGCGCCGCUUUGUUCAGAGAGUGGAAGCCUCGCACAGCUCCUCGUUUAGUGUGGCCAUGAGUGCAAUCAUUUUGGCAAGUGCAGUCAAUGUUGGGCUGCAGAUCGAGUGUGAAGCACAGGGGGCUGACGAGUGCGGAAACGUCUCGAGCAAGAUGGAGUACGUCUUUUGUGCAAUCUUCGUGGGGGAAAUUGCCGUCCGUUACGCGAUGCACGGCCGCUCCAUCUUCAGGAGGAAUUCGGUCCGUUUCGAUACGUUCUUGGUCUGUAUCAGUGCGGUAUCUCUCACUGCCGGCCCCUUCAUCACCGCGGCCGUGCCCAACGGCGACACCGAGUCAUGGCUGGCCGCCGUCUCCCAGGCGACGCUUGUGCGGGCCCUCCGCCUCUUCCGCCUGGUGCGGUUCCUGCGCCUGUUCCGGAGCUGCGAGGAGAUGUGGAAGCUCGCGAGGGGGCUGAUGAGUUCCCUCCGCACGGUCAUGGCGGCCUGCCUCAUGAUAGUGAUGACCAUCUAUGUAUUCGCUUGCUUCGGCAUGGAGCUGCUCAACCACGACGCGAGUCUGCAGGGUGACCCAGAUACCUUCGAGGUGCUACAGCUGCAUUUCUCGUCCCUGCGCGUCGCCAUGCUGACGUUGAUCCAGUUUGCGACUGGCGACGGCAUCUUGGACGUGUAUUGGCCCAUAGUUAACAGGGCGUGGUAUCUGGUGUGGUACUUCAUGGCCGUGUGGCUCGUCUUGGGAGUCGUGUUAAUGAACCUGGUAACUCACGGUGGCGGAUCAUCGUAG